CGUAUCCAAAUCUAAGUGCUGACGGAACCCGUAAAAUAAUAUUUAGAUGAUCGCCAUGUAGUUUCCUAGAUCUUUUACAACAACUUCUCUAUAUUGUGCGGUAAAACCAGCUUAGAUUAGAAACCUUGCGUUCAAGAUGCCCUUCACCGGGGAGGAGAACUUGCUUCAGCUGAACCAAGAAGGCUUCGACUUCAAUGUGCAGUUUGAGCAGCUGUUCUUCUCGAUUAUACCGUCUGUACUAUUCAUUGCGGCAUCGGUAUGGAGGACGUUUUAUCAGGCAAGGAAGCCUACCAUAGUGAAUGCACCAGCUUUUCAACUUAUUAAACUGGGUGCUAUCACAACUUACGUUGGGCUUGAACUCUCACUCCUCAUUCUAGUCGCAGUAGGCUCCUUCCAUGUGACUAGCAUGUUCAUAGCCUCCUCGGUCCUUAAGCUUGUGUCGGCGUUGUUCAUGGUAACACUUAGCCUCGUCGAUCACAGCAAGAGCCCGAGACCUUCCGUGCUCCUAAACAGCUACUUGUUUCUGACCCUCCUCCUGGAUGCAGCUCAAGCAAGAACGCUAUUUCUGGUAUCGGAAGACAAGCCCGAACUCACUUACAGCAGCAUAUUCUGCGCUGCGAUGGCUCUUAAGGUUGGAAUAUUGGUAUUAGAAGCCCAACGAAAAUCGAAAUGGGUCUGCUGGGACGAGAAAGAGCAUAGUCCUGAGCAGACGAGCGGGAUCUUUUCCCUCGGGGUCUACUUCUGGCUUAAUAGGAUCUUUAUGGAGGGGUAUAAGAAAGUCUUGACGAUAAACGACCUUUACCCCCUGGAUAGCUCUCUAGAUGGUAAACUGCUCCACGAAGAAUUCUCUAGAAACAUUGACUAUUCGAAACUGAAGGGCGACAAGUUUGGCCUUGCGAAGGUGCUAAUACGCACAUUGAAGGUCCCUCUCCUGCUUCCUAUAUUCCCACGCCUGGCACUUCUCGGUUUUACAUUUUGCCAACCUUUCUUUAUCGAAAAGCUAUUGGAGCGCCUGUCGGAGCCGGAUGUCGACGCAAACGUCGGAUACGGCUUCAUCGGGGCUAGCAUACUAAUAUACUUGGGAAUCGGUAUCUCUACGGCCCUCUGCUGGUACUUUCAUCAUCGAAUGCUCGCCAUGAUGAGGUCAAUACUGGUUACCGAAACGUUCAUAAAAGCUACAAAAGCUCGCAUCGGAACUAGCGACGAUAGCGCGGCGCUGACUCUGAUGAGCACCGACAUAGAGCGGAUUAACAUGGGCUUCAAACCUCUGCACAAUAUGUGGGCGAGCUUUAUACAAGUUAUCAUCUCUGGUUGGAUGGUGUACAACCAACUCGGGAUAGUAUUCGUGGCACCGAUCGGAACCGUUAUAAUCUGCUUUACAUGCUUAGCCAUCGUUAUGAAGUUUACGGGAGACUCGCAGAGGGCCUGGAUGGCGGGGGUCCAGAAGCGUGUUGGCAUGACGGCCACGGUCAUCGCUAGCAUGAAGAAUCUGAAGAUAUCCGGCCUCUCCGGGGCCGUUAGCGAUUUCGUACAGAAUCUCCGCGUAGAGGAGCUGGCAGCCGGAUCCCGAUUCCGUAAGAUAGGCAUCAUCGCGGCGCUUUUCGGGUACAUCCCGUUUCUGCUCGGCCCACCACUCACUUUCGCAUUUGCUCAGCGAACGCUAGACGCUACGAGGAUAUUCACAAGCCUUUCGUAUCUCUUGCUCUUGACGGGCCCACUGUCGCAGGUUUUCCAAAAUAUCCCCCAGCUGCUCUCCGGACUGGCCUGUUUAGGGCGAAUCCAGGCUUUCUUGGAGUGCGAAACUCGUCAUGAUUUUCGGGAAGUCCUUGCCGAUAUGAGGCGGGAUUCGGAGAAGACUCGAGUAGAUACCAUCCCCUUGUCCCAUUCAGAACAGGACUCAACGCAUCCCAUCGUCAUCAGAAACGGGAAGUUUGGCUGGGAAGCAGGCAAAUUCGUCUUGCAGAACGUGAACACUCGAGUUUCUAAGUCUUCACUCACCAUCGUCGUCGGGCCAGUCGGCUCGGGAAAAUCGACGCUGUGCAAAGCAGUCCUCGGGGAGAUUCCUUUCAGCGGAGGUAGCGUGGUCUUAAGCACCAGAUUCCCACAUGUUGGAUUCUGCGAGCAAGCAGCAUUCCUCUCGAACGGGUCGAUAAGAGACAAUAUCGUGGGAUUCUCUGCAUUUGAUGAAGAGAGGUACACCGAAGUCAUCGAGGCUACGGCUCUAACAUUCGAUAUUGCUGCAUUACCACAGGGCGAUAGAACGAAUAUCGGAUCCGACGGGAUCACGCUAUCAGGGGGACAGAAACAACGCGUCGCUCUCGCGCGGGCGCUGUAUUUGCAAUCCGACCUCCUCGUGCUGGACGAUAUCUUCAGCGGCCUAGAUGCGGAUACCGAGGAACAGGUUUUCCGACAAGUCUUCGGCCCAGAUGGACUAAUCAGACGGCGACGCUCUACGGUUAUAUUGUGCACUCAUAGCAUCAGACACUUACCUGCAGCCGAUUACAUCAUAGCACUCGGAGAUGGUACUGUCGUCGAGCAAGGUAGCUUUGACGAACUAAUGACCCGUCAAGGAUAUGUUCAGCGCCUAGGAUUGAGUAAUCCUUCUGAUAGCGACUCUUCAUCCGAGAAGUCGACAUCAAAGAAGAACGGUCGGGAAUCCAAGGCGCCGCUUUUUCACACGAUAACCAACACAUCAUCCCUCGUGCCAGAUACUAACGGAUCGCGGCAAGUUGGCGACAAAACAGUAUACAAGCAUUACUUCAAAAGCAUGGGGUUACUCGUAGCAGGAGGCAGUUUUUUCUUCGCCAGUCUGUGGGGUUUCUUCUCGAACUUUCCAACAAUUUGGCUUAAAUAUUGGUCUGAUGACGUAUACUCGGAACAUCCGUCUCACACGUACGCUUAUUACGUAGGGAUAUAUGCUCUACUUCAAGCUUGCGCCUUGAUAUCGCUGCUUCUCCUCGGAACUGCGGUUAUAGUUGUCUCCAUCACAAGAGCAGGUUCCAAUCUCCACCGCGACGCCCUGAGAACGUUGAUCCGAGCACCCUUACGCUUCUUCACCGUAACGGACACCGGCGCCGUUACUAAUCUGUUCUCGCAAGAUUUGAAUCUUAUAGACACGGAGCUACCGAAUGGACUAUUGGACACAUUAUUCUGUGUCUUUCAAGCAAUCGGACAGGCAGCUGUCAUGCUCACCUCGUCUCCGUACAUGGCCAUAAGCUACCCUUUCCUCGGCGUCCUGCUCUAUAUAGUGCAAAGAUUUUACUUGCGGACAUCCAGGCAGCUGAGGUUACUAGACCUUGAGGCUAAGAGUCCUUUAUACACGCACUUCCUCGAUACUCUUAAGGGUAUUACAACUCUAAGAGCCUUCGGCUUUCUCCCCGAAGACGUGCGAAAGAACGCCCGCCUAAUAAAUACCAGCCAGCGUCCCGCGUAUCUGCUCGCGAUGGUCCAACAGUGGCUAACCCUCGUCCUCGACCUCGUAGUAAUGGUGAUGGCAGCGGUCCUAACUACUCUCGCCGUUCGUCUUCACUCGAACUCUGGCUUUGCCGGUGCUUCUUUGAUCACGCUCAUGAGUUUCGGGGAAAACCUUUCAGGCAUCGUCAUAUAUUACACCAGGUUGGAAACUUCCAUCGGAGCGAUAGGUAGACUCAGAACAUUCAACGAAGAUGUCAGGCCGGAAGAUAGAGAUGAAGAGGAUAUUGUCCCUCCCGAGCAGUGGCCGCAGAGCGGUGAGGUAGAAUUGAAAGGAGUGUCGGCGAGCUACGAUGCGGAAGACCGAAUUGGAAGCGAACCAAACUUGGCCCUUCGCGGCAUCGAGCUAAAGAUCAAAUCUGGACAAAAGGUCGCUAUCUGUGGUCGCACCGGUAGCGGUAAGUCGAGCCUCAUCGCUCUUCUUCUCAAGCUCCUCGACCCCCUCCCAGAUAUCUCCGGAGAGGUUAUAAUAGAUAACACGCCACUCCGGCGCAUAGACCGGCAGACGUUACGUCAGCGUAUAAUCGCAGUGCCGCAGGAAGCCGUCUUCUUGCCCGACGGAUCUACUUUUCAAGCUAACUUAGAUCCGUCCGGUGUCUCAACUCCGGAGGUGUGCCAAUCCAUUCUCGCAGCUGUUGGAUUGUCGCAAUUCGUCGCCGAACGGGGCGGCCUUGACGCGGGUAUGAGCGCGGGGACUCUCAGCGCGGGGCAGAGACAACUGUUGUCUCUCGGGCGCGCUCUACUGAGACGGCGCGUCCGGGCGCAAAACCUAGGAAUAGGGGGCGGCGGCUCCGAGGGCGGGCUACUGCUGCUCGACGAGGUGAGCUCGAGCGUAGACUACGAGACGGAGCGUUUGAUGCAAGAGAUUAUCAGGAACGAGUUUAGGGAUUAUACGGUUAUCGCUGUGAGCCAUAGGCUCGAUAUGAUUAUGGACUUUGAUACGGUAGUUGUCAUGGAUACGGGAAAGAUUGUAGAGGUCGGUAAUCCGAUGGUGUUGGCUGGGAACGAGCAGACUAAGUUUGGGGAGUUGGUGAAGGCUGGGGCUAAAUGAAGUAAAUAUCUAAUACUUUAUUCUACGCCGGCGAGAUCGAGUUUUCUCUUCUAGACGCUAUAGAAUACAUAUUUUGGUGGAAGUAUCAGACCCGCUGUAACCGCCCCUAUCUUACGGUUGCUAGUGAGAUACUUCGAAGUUAGGUAUCUCCGUUUCUAUAGAAAAAGGAAGGCCUAAUUACUCUAUUACCGAUAAACCCAAAUAACUACACUUAGACAGACAAGUUUGAAUCAAACCACAACACAAAGACCUACACGCCUUCCCUCAAAGCCUCACAGGGGGCAACACGAUCGCAAACCCAAGCCACAAGGAUGACCAAACGAAUCUAUCUAUCCUGAACCUUAGCGUCCGGGCAACCCUCGUAACAAACGUUCCCCCAGAGAGGCUCAUCCGGCAGAUAAACAGCGUCGCGGAAUCCCGACGCCUCGAUCG